CUAAAAAGAAUAAGGUUUCGAUGCCAAUUCGUACAUUAUUGUAUGACACGCGAUGUAAAUAACUUACAAGUUAUUAGUCUCCAUUAAUAUAAGCAGAAUUUGUUUAGAAUUAAUGUAAAGUAAUAAGCUGUAAAUAUAAAUUAAGCCCACAGGUUAAAGUGUCAACCAUUAAUACGAAAAGCAAACCUCGUCGUUGAUAGUCGCUCUCUAGCGAUUGUUUUAUAUGAAUUUUUAAAUAGUGGAUCAACCUUGCAGCAACCUUAGUAUGGGCAUUUUCUAACAUGCGACAUAAUUUAUUAUUCAAGUUUCUCUCGGCAUUGUCGUCAUACCAUCAGCCACACCCAAAUGCGACCAGGUCAAAAGAAUCCAAUUAACCCGGAAAGGUACCGUAGGUAAUUCGCUGGUGUGUGUACUUUUACUAUAAAUAAGGACCAUCUCACCUCAUACCGUCAUACGUCUGUCAACAACAGGGAGAACUGUAGGAUUUGAAAAAAUGUUUGCGGCUUGGACUCUCCUUUUAACUGCAGUGAUCAUCACAGCAGAGUUUUCCUUCGAAAAAGUUGAUUAUUUAAAUGGGAAGCAUUUGAUCGUUGCAACGGCUGACCUUAAUCCAUACAUGUACAUUUAUCACGAUUCUAAUGGCACUAUCCAACAUGCGGACGGCAUCGUCCAUGAGAUGAUGUUGUGGUUAACUCGGAAAUAUAACUUCACAUUUAACUACGUGGAACCUCCCGAUGGUUAUUUCGGGGCUUUUGUAAAUGGAAAAUGGAACGGUAUGGUAGCGAUGGCUAUCAGGAUGGAGGUUGAUCUCAUUGCCACUCAGCUAACAACAACGUAUGCUCGUUCAAAAGUGAUUGAUUUUACUACGUCAUUCAGCAAAGAUCCAAUGAGUGCCGUUAUUCCCGCCCCCAAAGAAGACAAUUUUAUGUCCGCCAUAGUAAAACCUUUUCAACCUGGCGUUUGGGCUUUAAUUAUUUUUUCGAUGUUCUCGGGAACAACAGUCACAUGGAUUUUAAUGAAGUUAAUUGACAAGUACAUGCCGGAACACUAUAAUGGAGGAAUUUCCAAUCUUCAGUUUUGGGAAAACUUUAUGUACUACUUUGGAAUAAUCAGUUCGCAGGCUGGACGAUCAAUGCCAAGUGUUGGUCCAUUGGGUCAUGCGGUACGAAUAAUAGCGGCAGCUUGGUGUUUGCCUUCCGUUGUGUUUAUUUAUCUCUACAGUGGAUGUCUAACUUCGUUUAUUACCAUUCCAAAACUGUAUCCGCUCAUUGAAUCGUUGGACGACCUAGCAACCAGCGCUGAUUUGAAAUUAACCAUUUUAAAAGAUACCGUCUUUGAAACAAUGAUUUUGGAAGCAACAUCGGGUGGUUUCAAAAUGUUAGGGGAUUCUUUGCGGGAGAAUCCUAAAAAUCGCCUAUCUAAGGAUUAUUUGGAACCUGAAACAUUUCUUAAUAAAGCAUUAACCGGACGUUUCGCUAUGGUCGAACAAAAAUCGUUCCUUGAAUACGUUUUAAAUUUGGCCUUUAAGACGUAUGGGAAAUGUGAAGUGACUUUGAUGAAACAAGAAAUCGUUACCUCGUUGGACUCGAUGGCUGUCCAAAAAUGUAGCCCAUACCUCGCCCAAAUCGAUCAAGGAUUUCUUACUAUGGCUGCACUAGGACUCCAAGACUAUUGGGAAAAACGUUUUUUAAAAAAAUCAAAAUGCGAAGGAAAUUUCGACAAAGGGAUAGCAAAGCCAAGAUUAAAUUUAGCAAACCUUUUAAGUGUUUUUCUUCUCUUGGUGGCUGGAAUGAGUAUUUCGUUUUUCGUUUUUCUCAUUGAAAAUUUCCGGUUUUUUUACAACAAAAGGAGAGUAAAGAAACCAGUAAAUCAUUAAAGAUUGUCUCAGUAUCAGUAGCACUAGCACACAACAGAAGAAUAAUGUUUCAAUUUAAAAUAACAGCUAAAAGUAGAAUAUAAACCUAUUUAUAUUAUUAUUUCUAAAAAGUCAAGUAAUUUCGCUCUAUAUCAUAGCAUCACUUAAUAAAUCAAAAUUAUUGUAUUGUCGUGAAUGUAAUGCUUAAUAAAACUAAAUGCCACAUUAAAUAAUA